AUGCCCGACUCGGCCCCAGGCCAGACACGGCCAGACGAGGCUCGCUGCUAUAACUGCGGCACCUCGGGCCAUUGGGCUAUCGCAUGUCCAGAGCCUACUCGAGAAACUCCAGCAGGUCUCGCGGCUUGGAGGAAUGCCAAUACUUCGGGCCAAGGGGGCCACAAGGAGCAACAUGGAGGUUCGAAAAAGUCCAAGGGACCCAUUAUCACCAAGUACGCCCCUACUCCAGCUCCAGGGUCAGUUGUGACCAGAUACGGGCCUCCGCCCGGCUAUGGUCCUCCGUCUGCGCCUUACCCCGGAGCUCCCUCCUAUCCUCCCCAGUACCCUCCAUAUGGAUCUGCAGCUCCCGGUUAUGCGCCUGGCUACGCACCUCCGGGUUACUCACAUUCAUACCCUCCGCCCUCAUACGGCGGUCCGCCUCCAGGUCUCCCACCGCCUCCUGGUCCAUCUGCACCAUAUGGCCCUCCACCACCACCUCAACCAACUCAGCCGCCGGGACCACCACCCUCAUACUCACGGCCAUACGGUCCUCCCCCAACUCCCCGUCAAGACCAUCCGCCCUACAGCUCGCACCCACCAUAUCAAUCAUAUCCUCCGCCCACGCCCCCGCCAUACGGACAGCAUGCGCCUCCGUAUCCCCCUCCCUUCCCUCCUCACAGUGCACCACCUGGGUAUGGACAUCCUCCACCUCCCAGGCCAGGCCCAUCUCCAGGACCACCUCCCACACCACAGCCCAGCCGAGCAUCAGGAUCACCACCUAUACCGCGUCCAAGCACAGUCUCGACGCUUCCCUUGCCACCAUCUCUCCCUCCCAAGCCAUCCCUCCCCCCGAAACCACCUCAGCCUGGUCGUCGCCGUGAUUUCCCUGACCACUCUCGUGAUCACCGGAAUAGACGAAGACAUGAGCGCCACAAUCGCAAUCAUGAUAACCGGCAGAAGAAGAAUCAGCCUCAUCCUCGGCAACCGGAGCGGCAACCGGAGCAAAAACCUCGCGAAAAUCCCCAAAGACCUGAAACAAAAGCUCCAAAUCUUCCGAAACCAACCCCAUCACCGAAACAGGAGCAAACAGCGCAACCCGCCGCCAAGCAAGAGUCGAGCACACCCAUUGAGAAGGUUGAAACGAAGAAGCCUGACACCGAGGUCUCGAAAACUGUUGCACCACAAGUAGUACCUGACACGACAUCCAACAAUGCCACUGACGCAGAUGACCUGGAAUGGGAUGAGAAGACAGUCUUCAAAGAGCUAGAAACGGCUCAUCCACCAGAUGAAGUGGGCAAGCCUCUGCCUGCAGAGUACAAUGAUGAGGUGCUUCUUCCAAGAAAGUGGGAUGCAAAAUGCAUCGAAUCGGACUAUGUCCAGGCUGACAAUAUCGAGGAGUAUGUCAAGCCGAUACAUGAGACGCCGUAUUGGCCAUCGAUCGAAUUCGACCCAGCAUUUGUGCGAGAUGGCAAGCUCCCCAGCGGAGAAGCGGUAUCUGGGCUCCCAGCUGAGUUUCCGCCAAAGGGCCCUGAAGCAGUGCGGAGUGAAAGCUCCGAGAGUGGGGAGGUCCAUGAGCAACGCUCCAAACGUGGCCAUUCUAGUGACAAUGACCGUGCCGAGCGACCUCUCAAGAGACAGAGAUCCCGUAGUGCUUCUAAUCUCAGCCGCAGAGGAUCAAACGACGGGGAUUCCAGUCGGUGGGAUAGGCAGGGGGUAAAGCGCAGAUCACGUCGGGACAGUUCCGGACAUCGAGGAACGGAGGCUCGUGAACGAGAUCGACGAUCUCCCGAAAGAACAACAUCUUACCAUCGGGAUCGGAGUCGAGAUCGCAGCAGGGGUCGAAGCAGAGACCGCAGCCGUGGUCGCAGUCGAACACGUACUCAUACCCCGGCUUCACGGUCAGUGUCCAACGCCUCAUCUGGGUUGGACUCGUUGGAAGCCGAGCUGCUGGGACGAGAUGUCAAGGCCAAGACCCCCGAGGAAACACCAAAGCGAAAGCCGUCUGGGGGCAGCAAGCCCAAACGUCGUCAAACGAAGCUCGACUCUGCAUACAGCCGUCGUUGGUAG